UGCCUCCUGCUGCACCCCUGACGUCGGGAUCAGGGAGCCUCCUCCCACGUUUCCUCAGGAAGAAGCCCAAGGCUAGUGGGAGGAAGAGGCUGCUCCACGGGAGGGACAGGCAGGACAGAGGGGACAGACGGACACCAGCGCACGCCUGGGGAGCCGCCGGGCCUCGGGCCCUCACGCCCCGCUGGCAUGGCGGCUGCCAGGCCCAUCCUCUGCCUCCAGCUGUGGCUGUGGGUGCAGAGCUCUGCCCAGGAGCUUGACCCCAACGGCAAGAACGUCUGCAGGCUGCCCAGCGGCCCAGCGUGCUGCCCCGGCUGGAGGCAGGAAGGGCAGGAGUGCACAGCUGCGCUGUGCGAGGGGGCAGACGCCUGCGGAGUGGACGAGGUGUGUGUGAGACCCGGGGUUUGCCUUUGUAAGCCUGGCUUCUUCGGAGCAGACUGCAGCUCUGCCUGCCCUGAGCAGUACUGGGGCCCUGACUGCAAGCGGAGCUGCCCGUGCCACCCUAAUGGGCGCUGCGACCCAGCGAGUGGGCACUGCACCUGUGACCCCAACCACUGGGGGGAGCUCUGCCAGUUCCCUUGCCAGUGCGGUCCCCACGGCCGCUGUGAUCCCCUCACCGGUGCCUGCCACUGCGAGCCGGGCUGGUGGGCACCCGCCUGCAAGAAGCAAUGUCAGUGCAACCUGGCCAGCUCCCACUGCGACCCCCUCACUGGCCUCUGCCGCUGCUUGCCGGGCUGGUGGGGCAGGAGGUGCAGCUUCAAAUGCUCCUGCAACGUCUCACCCUGUGCCCAGGAGACGGGCAAGUGUGAAUGCAAGGCUGGGUUUUGGGGGCCGGCGUGCCAGCGGCGCUGCGACUGCUUACACGGCUCCUGCAGCCCUCUCACCGGGCACUGCAGCUGCGAUCCCGGCUACCAGGGCAGGAGCUGCCGGGACCCCUGCCCAGCAGGGAAGUACGGGGCGCAGUGUGUGCACAGCUGUGGGAGCUGCAAGCGCAGCCAACCUUGCUCACCCGUGGAUGGCUUCUGCCUGGCCUGCCAACCUGGCUGGAAUGGGACUCUCUGCAAGGAACCCUGUGAUCCUGGCUUCCACGGCGAAGGCUGCCUCCAGCUGUGUCCCCGCUGCCGGCACGGGGACGUCUGUGACCCCGAGACUGGGUUCUGCCCACGCUGUGAGCCUGGCUGGAUGGGACCCAGCUGCAACAUCUCCUGCCCUGCUGGCACCUUUGGUGAUGGAUGCCAGUUCCUCUGCCCCGAGUGCAUUGUGGGGAGCUGCGACCCUGUGUCAGGAGAUUGUAUCUGCCAGGCAGGAUACUGGGGACCCAGUUGCAACGACACCUGCCCGGAGGGAUAUUUUGGUGUGAACUGUUCCUCUCCUUGCCAGUGCUCCCGGGGGACCUGCGACCCCAUACAGGGUGACUGCGUGUUGAGUUUUAAGGACCAUGGGACCCUUGCAGCUGCCAUCCUUGUCCCUCUCCUGCUGGUGCUGCUCUGUGUCACCUGCUGUUGCUGCUGUGGAUCCAACCCAGCUGAUGCUGCAGACAGGGCUGCGCCGGACGAUGAUGUGGUGGCCAGGAUGAAGCACCACGUGCAAGGAGUGCUGGCCAACCUCAGUGCUAUGAUGCCUUGUUUCACCCUCGGUGGCUACAAACUUCCCAAGGUCACAGUUUCCCACCACGACACAGAAAUCCCCUUCAACCCCAGCUUCAUUGAGUCGCCGUCAGCUGCGUGGGUUUCCGACAGCUCCUUCUCCUCCUUUGACACCGACAACGAGGGACCAGAGUACUCUGUCCCUCCCAGAGAAGGCAUCCCGCUGCUGGGGGGUGCCGAGCUGCAGGAUGGGGUGUCCCCAGCUGACGAAGUGCUCCCAGACCCAUCUGCCUUCAACUGUGAGGAUGUGUCACAACCCUUCACCAUCCCUCGCACUUCCAGCAUCGCCAAGGCCAAGCGGCCCUCUGUGUCCUUUGCUGAGGGGACAAAAUUUGGGGCAGCAGAGACCCCCAGCCCUGGGCGGAAGCCCAAGACCCCAUGGGGCCCAUCCAAGCUGUCUCCAUCACCAGGGGAUGCAGCAUCUGAACCCCCAGCUGAGCGACCAGCCAGCAGUUGCUACGAGAGCCCUGAGCCACUCAGCAAGGGGGAAGAAAGCCACCGACCAUCUCCCCGGGCCACCCCGGGGGGACGCCGGCGCGUGGUCUCUGGCACCAGGCAUGUAGCACAGAGAGUGGAGGCACUUGAAGCGGCUGCAAAAUCUGGCAGCUGGGAGGCAAAGGGGAAGGACCCCAAUGUAACCACCAUCUACAUGAUGGUGGGAACAGCUGGGCAGGACCCCAAGACAGAAGGAAGCGGUGAGGGACCAGUCCAGGCUGUGCUCAAGCGGCUGGGCAGCUUGCAGAAGGGCAAGUGGGCUACAAAAGAGGAGCCCAAGAUGAGGAGGAGUAUGGAGGCCAUCCAGAAACCACCUCGCCGGGCUCUGGCACAGAACAGAGACUCAGUGAACAGCUGCAAGCAGAGGGAGAGCGUCUUGGACUCUCCCAACGAGCCAUCCCCUGGCAAGCAGCCUGGCAAGAGACGGUCUUUCCUUCUUGCAUUUUCCUCAUUGAAAAGCACUGGACCCCAGGAUGGGGGCAGUGAUGCUGUAGGUGCCACAGAGAGGGGCAAAAGCCCUGAGUCAGUCCUCAGCCUGGAACAGACUGCCCCAGAGGAAGAGCCCAAAUACGAGAACGUGGUCAGCAGCAGUGCCGAAUCCCCCCCCAGCCCCACCAAGGAGCUGUCAGCCACCCCUGCUACCACCUGAGCCACCACUGCCUAGCUGGGGCAGCAGGAGCCCAUGAGAUUCCUCUGACCCUAGCAUGGGGGGGACCUGAGGUCCCCCUUCAAGAUGUGAACUGGAGGAGCCUUUCCUUUGCUCCCCUUUCCUCCAUACCAUGCUGCUGGUGUGGACCUUUGUACAGCUGGUGGGACAGGUGAUAACUGAGAGCCACAGUGGUGGCAGCCUGGUGGAGUUGCAGUGCUUCAGGGCUGGUUUUUACUCCUCUGCUCUGCGUGCCUCAUUUUGUGUCUACUACAAACUGGAGGGAUGCAGUGGUGGCACCUUUUGGUCCCUGUCAGCACCUGGCCUGGGGAUACACAUCCUCCUUGUGCAAGGGACUGAGGGUGCUAGGGGCUUAGCUGGGAAGCGCCCAGGCAAAAACCAGUUUCACCCCAUCAGCUUUCACUGUCCCAGAUGUGGUAAUGCUGCUUGGAGGAGCCUCUGCUUUAAAUGUGCUUCUUGCUGGAGGAGAUUCUUUCAUGGAGCUAGGGUGAGCUGAUGGUCUGUCAGGAGCAGCUUCAGCGAAAAUUCGUUUUAGCUGCUUCACUUGAAGUGUAUCUGAGUCUGCAGGGGAUUAUCUGUGUGGCUUUGGCUUUUGCGGCAGGCUCUGGCUGCCUUCUUUUCCAUGCAGAUGAAGAGGCUCGUGGCACGGCAUGGGGUUUGCCGGCAGCCUUUUAAACUCUGCACGAUGCCAAGCCGCAGUUGUGCAAGAGCAAACGUGGCAGCUGGGCUGUGACCAUCAACCUGUGCACCCAGCGCUGAGCUGGCCAAGAUAAGGACAAGAGCUGCACACAAAACGGCAUUUCUGCAGGUGCCCUGAGCUCCUGCCACCUCCCACGCCUCGUUUCUGCUGCAGCACCUUGUCACCAUGGAUGGAACAGAAGUCGGGAAGAUGCUGCAGCUUCUCCAGCACAGCCAGAGGACCUUGUGCAGCUAUGGAGAGAAGAGCAUGAGGGCUUUGCUGCCUCUGGAAGGUGGCUGAGAUGCUGAAGACAUUUGGCAGUGUGGACUGGCUUUAGCUGUAUCCAAGUUGCAGAAGUUUUUUGUGUACUUUCCCCCCCUGUUAUUUCAUGUGGCAUGACAGCCUCUGAAUGAGAGCUAAAUGUUACCCAAGUCCUUCAGGAGCUGGGUUUCCCAGCUGCCCUCCAAAUCAAAAACAUGACCAGAAAUACUCUCCACAGUGUGGAAUUGCUGGCAGCCUUAGGUUGUCAGGUUUGGCUUUUAUUUGCUUGCUUGGUUUUUAUCUUUUUGUUUCUGUUGAGUUCUGAGCUCUCAUUUUUGGAGCUGAGUCCAGAGCAGUGCUGGAGACCAGAGAGCAGAAGGAAUGUGGAUGAGCUGUGAGCAUUUGGAGCACCACACUGCACAUGUGUGGAGCUCUUGUGUGAAUCCUUCUUCUGGUCUGGUGUUGCUGAGCUGGGGUUUAGGGUUUGGAGUGUUUCAGAAAACAGAGUGGGUUUGGUUUUUCCUUUUUGUUUCUCACAGGUGCUCCCCCCAGAGCACACAGUACUGCAUCCUCGUUGUCCCAUGUGGGUGAAGCUCCUAGUUCUGCAGACAGCUGCAGCACUCUUUGCUGCACUGGCAUCACCCACUGCUGUGAUCAUAACGCCAAGUACUGGGGUGCACAAAUAAAAAUGGUCAGCCUGGCAAGUCUUAAGCUGCAGCCUGGCCAGAUCUCA